AUGGAGGUCUUCAGCAUUGCCAAAGCCGUCAGACUUCGAAGCCAUCUGGACAGCUACCUGGUGGCUGACGACGACCAAGAGACGGUUCGCCAGAGCCGCAACGGCUCAUCCCGUAUAGCCAGAUGGCUGGUCGAGGCCACCGGCCAUGUCAUCCGCCUCAAGAGCUGCCACGGCCGCUACCUUACCGCCUCACACGAUCCAUUUCUUCUGGGCGUGGCUGGGAAGAGGGUCACUCAGACUGUGCCCGGGACUGUAUCAAACUCGUUGAUUGAGUGGCAGCCUACAUGGGAUGGGUUCCAGGUGAAGUUGAGAGCUCGAAGUGGCCAAUAUCUGCGCGCAAACGGAGGGACGCCGCCGUGGAGAAACUCCAUUACUCACGAUCACCCCAGUGGCAUUAUGACACGAGACUGGGUUCUUUGGGACGUGGAAGCUGUGGAGGUGCCGGAGUGUGAGUCGGUUGUCGAUUAUCUUUCGGCGAUUUCGGGGUUUCCUCCAAUUUCUGACGACAGAUCAACGAUGGCGUGGCCCAUCUCCAUUCUCGCCUCCUUGUACUCUUCAAAGGUAUCAUCUAUCUAUCUUCUCUCUCCCGCCUCUUCCGUGUAG